AUGCAACAAAAUAUCCGAAUCCAAAAAAAUCAAUACGACACGGCCACUCAUCCGACUGCUUCUUCUACCACUUGGAAAUAUGUCACUUAUGACGAAACAAGCGAAACUUUCGGAAUGAGCGAGCAGGUCGCCGACCCCUGCAACCACUGUCCGAAGCCACGCAAUUAUAAUUCGGAAUGCAAAGACGAAGACGUGGAGAAGCAUUUCGAGAAGGUCAUGCCAUGUGUACAUACUUAUACCAUUAUUUAUGGAAACGUACACCACCUACCUAACCAUCCCAUUAUUCGAAAUUUGCGACACAACCACUACUGA